CUGUCACUACCUGGUUGACCGAAACAGGGACCAGCUCAUCGACUCUUCGCCAAACCACUUCUCUAUAAAUCGCCUCUCACACCAACACACAAAACUAAUGACCAAAACCAACCCCAGAAAACAUGGCCAGAGAUGUGAAAUCCCUGGGGAAAAUUCCAACCUCUUGCGACGCAGAUGAGGACGACGAUGAUGAGAUGAGCGAAUCCUUGUCCUCUUCCGGUGGAUCAGACGACGACGAAUCCUGCUCGUCUUCGGCUCGAAAUCGAUCUCCGAAUCCCCAGAAUUUGGAUUCAUCUGGGCCUCUCUACGAACUAUCAUCGCUCAUGGAACAUCUCCCCAUCAAGAGAGGAUUAUCGAAGUACUACGAAGGAAAAUCCCAAUCGUUUACAUCUCUCUCUGAUGCGAAGAGCGUAGAGGAUCUACCCAAAAAGGAAACCCCGUUUAAAAGGAAAAUAAAACCAUCGAAGAGCUACGCAGGGGGGCUCGGUGAAACCCAGACCCAGGGGAAUUAUCCUGUCCAGGACCCGAAUAGUAGGAUUAUUACAACAACGUCCUCGAGUGGCUCGUGUGCAAAUUCCGCGGCUCGAAGUGGUAAUAGUAAAAAUUUUGCGCCGAGGCCCCCGCCAAUUCAUGUUAAUAAGAAUUCGCCCCGUCGUUAGAUUUUGGAGCGUGUGCGUGCGCGUGUGUAAGGAGAAUUUUGUUCAUAGCUUUUUUUUUUUUUUUCCCUUGUUUUUUUUUUUUUGGGUGUAAUUUUUGUUUCAUUUGAGGAUAUAUAGAGUUUUUGUUUGCAGGGAAAUUUAUUUGAUUUGGUAGAUUUAUUCCCAUGUAAAUUGAUUUUUUUUUAAAUUUUCUGAUAAUGGA